AUGUCAUAUCAUCCUCAAACAAGUGGACAAGCUGAGGUAUCUAAUAGAGAAAUAAAGCAAAUCUUUGAAAAGACGGUGAGUGUGAAUAGAAAAGAUUGGGCUGCAAAGCUAGAUGAUCCUUUGUGGGCAUAUAGAACUGCAUACAGAAUGCCAUUUGGGGCGUCGUCGUAUAGGCUAUUUUAUGGGAAGGCAUGUCACUUGCCUGUUGAACUUGAACACAAAGCAUAUUGGGCCAUUAAGAAGUUAAAUAUGGACCUUGAAGUUGCGGGCGAGACAAGACUCUUACAGUUGAAUGAGAUUAUAAGCAUAAGAGGCAAAGCCAUGGGAAGAGUGCAAAAGCAAGUUAGAUGGUACAUUGGAGAUGCAACUGGAGCAAAGUAA